GGCACAAACCCAUUUUUCAUCUUGGGUGCUACGGCAAAGCAAGCGCCACAAGACUUGUACCCAAUUAGUUCACAGUAUCUUUCGAUGGGUCCAGCCAGCAUUCGGCCACCACCGUACCGGUCCAUCCACCAAGGCCAGGAAGCAUACACCCUUUGCUGUCCGUCGGGGUCAGCAGGAACAAGGUACAACACCCAGCUAGCUAGUCACUGAGUGUCCGGGACUCUGAAGGAGUGAAGACGCUCCGGUACGGGUACCAGGUAUCACCUACUAGCUAGCAACUAGCAGCUAGCUAGCUAGCUUUGAGGCACAAAAGCGGAAGAAGGAGCACAAAAAGUUUGGAGAUUUUACUAGCUAGCUAGAUCUAGUACCUGGAGCUGCGCUUCACAAUUCAGUCGCCUUUUGUAAGGUCGCGGGAUUAGAUUUGACCGUUGGUUUCGGACCGAGCGUUUCAAGCCCUUCCACGAAAUCCCAUUAGUCAAAAGCAAUCCUCCCACGUGCAACAGUGCACUGAUGUAACAUAAUAUCGACCCAAUCAAUUCUGAUCAAGUCGGUUGUGGCAAAGGCAUCUGAAGUAUUGGCUGGACACGGUAUCAUAGUUGUUUGAUUGAAAGAAAAUGCUGUUGGCUCGAUCUCUUUCCUUUGCGAUCUUCAUCGCGGCAUGCACUUCCUCGGUUGUCAAGGGAGAUGGAGACGGAGAAUGCCGUUUGUGGCUUGGUCCAUCCCAUCUGGGGACGGACAAUGAUCCAGAAUUUGGUAUCUUUGCGGGCGUUGACUUUGCUCCUGAUGAAAUCAUUCCUGAUAUCGAAGUGGCAAUUCCUUUGGUGGAUUGGACCGAGCAAUUCAACCGAGACACAGCAUUGAAGAAUAUGAUUGUGGAAUUUGUCGAAUCGCAAGUAUGGACUGGUGAUUUCGCCGGGGCCAAGUGGGAAGGAGAUCAAAAUACGAUCGUGGCCAUUCCUGGAAUUGGAAAUCUAGCCAAUUAUCACUCUGGAUACCACAACGUGGAUUGGCUCCAGUCAGCGGCAUUGCUACGAAAGCCUCUGGACUUAUUCGAAUCAGGGGUUGCCCAUCCUGCACGUGGAGCCAUUACCCCUUACCACAACUUGACCAUGAAAGCUACAGAACAUAUCCCGGCAGGAAUGGAACUUUUCGCUAAUUUUGGAGAAACAUGGGAUAACAACCAGACAAUGGAAGAUAGUUUCCAGGACAAACUGACCCGAUGGGACUACCAACAUGCUGAUCAGAUCUUGGAUGCCAUCAUUGCCUUUAUGGACCAGUAUGACAAAGACUUGACGCCUGAUCUGCAAGAGAACAUUCUUGAUUUCAUGCUGGAAAAAAUCCUGGGAACUGCUGUGGGAAAACGCGCCAAAGUCAUUCGUUCCCUGAUCCCUGAUAAUCCCAAGAAACUCAAAGCCGUCAAGGAAGCAGGUGGCACGUUCCUAUACCGAAACAAUGAUCUCGUCAAGUCCCAAAAAUGGUUGAAGAAACAUGCCAUGUGCAUGGACAAUCUAAAGGUUGGACCCUCUACUAUUCCAGAAGCUGGCCGUGGAGCCUUCACCACUCGUAAGAUUGCCAAAGGAGAUGUGGUUGUCCCGUCUCCCAUGGUGCAUAUUGCCAAUGAGGAAUUGUUCAAUAUGUAUGAGAUUAUUGAGAAGGAAGACGCCAAAACCGGCGAUGUAACAUUGGACAUUGACAAAUCCAACUUCUUGCAACAGCAGCUACUGAUCAACUACUGUUUCGGUCAUCGAGAAUCGAACAUCUUACUUCUCCCCAUUGGGUCAUAUGUGAGCAUGAUCAACCAUGCUCCAGCCGGCAAAGCCAACGCUUACAUCACUUGGAGCCGACACAAGCAUGUCACCAAUGAUCAUGGUCUACACGACUUGUCGAUUGAGCAACUUGCUGAGCGUAACAAGGUUGGAAUCGUCAUGGUAGUUCAAGCACUAAGGGACAUUGAAGUGGGAGAGGAGAUUUUCAUUGACUACGGCAAAGAGUGGGAAGCAGCUUGGAAGGAGCACAUGGCACAGUGGAACAAAGAUUAUGAGCAGGACAAGACUUGGCAGCUCACGGCGGACGACAUGAAAAUGCAAUACAAAGAAAAACCCUUUGAAGCUGAUUUGACUGAUGGGAUCAACCCGUACCCACCAUCUGUCGCUACAACCUGCUUCCUCCGAACUGAAGACCUCCCAGAUGGAAGGCCCCGGCGCAACCCGGAUGGUUUGGAAAUCUUUCUCUACGCAGAGGACCUCUCGCAUGAUGAGAUCACUGGAGCCGACAUGUACGUGUGUGAUGUCAUCUCCCGCACGGACAAGCUGACUGAUGGAGACUUGUACAACUACACUGUGUUGGCAAAGAUCUCUGAUGAUGACAUAGUCCAAGUGGAGAAUGUGCCGCAUGGAUCGAUAACUUUUGUUGACCAACCCUACCAAGGUGAUAUCCACAACACCGGUGGUUUCCGCCACUACAUUAGCUUGCGAGAUGGAGAUUUCCCACAAGCAUGGCGCAACAUCCGAGAGUGAGUGUACAUCCAGCUGGAAAGUUCAUACUGAUAUCUACGAGACGUCUAUGAACAACUAGCAAUACUCUUUGAUUCCUAGAAUUCACGUUAUUGUAUCUUGUUAGGUAGCUGGCUAGACACACCACUACCGUAGCUAGAUGACUAUUCGUGCACCCCCAUCGUCGUUGUGCACAGUACAGUGCCGCCCGACCUACCAUAAGAGGGCGAAGGCCCACGAUUAAGUCAUUUUUCCGUGCGGGAUGUGUUGCGCAAUGAUUAUUACGGUAGGUGUACGGUACUUGCUAGCAACUAGUAUCGCCUUCUGCCAUUUCAUUAUUCCUAGCACGGGAGAGUAUUGAAUGUGUUGCAAAUGGUGGUGAUUUCGCUUACCGUCACAAAUACCACUCGCAACGCUUGAACGGCGAACCAAACGAGAGAGCAAUACCAUUGCUAGCUAGGACUGCCUCGGGCUGGUGCUGCUUUCAUCGGCAGAAACAUCUUCGAGGAUCUUUGACACUGCAGUCGACAAGACGUUUCGAGCCACACAACCAACAAUUGUGUCCAACAGUUCGCCUCGAUAGUAGAAUUGAAUUGUUGGGAUACUGACAACUCCACACUCGGCUGAGGUUUCUGCCAAAUCGUCUGUGCAGAUUUCUACCACAUCAAUUUUGCCAGUGAACUGCUUCAGUAUUUCCUGUUCCAAGAAAUAUUAGAAUGUGGGUAAAUAUGACAACGGAGAUUGGAACGAGUAUCCUCUGCCCCCACACGGUACCUCUUCCAUAACUUUUCUUACCUUGACAACGGGAACGGAUAGCCGGCAAGGCCCACACCUAGGCAAAGCACAGAAGCGAUCCUCAAGGGUGAGACCAGAAGUAUUGUCUGCAUGGUAAUUGGAGCCAUCCGAUUGCUCCAAUCCUUCAGUUGUCGCCAUGAGCACCCUACCAUGCAGCCGAGAAGAAAGCGAGGACUGGUCGCGGAGAGUCAGCAGCCAGGACCACUUCCGAAAAUUCUUCGUCAGACUCAAUCAUUCUGCCACCAGAUUUCGCAACAUGAAGAGCUGACGAUGAGUGAACUCUGACGGAAGACAAGUGUUGUCGUCUUGGUUGGAAAGAAAGUUGAGGUAUCAGAAAUGAGUGGGCACCUCGAGUCAAAGUAGCGGAAAGACAGAUAGACACCACCAAUGGAAGCGAGACUCCCAGAGGUCGAAUUCUCCGAUAUCUGGUUGCUGAUUGUUGUGCAGAGCUCAUGGUUCCUUGACUUGGCAUCAGAUAGUAUUGCAAGAUGAGCAAAGAAAGCAACGGAUGAUAUGGUUGAUGGAUGCCUUCAACGACCAGGACGCCAGGACAAGCGCUGAUCUCUGAUUGAGGGUGAGUGAGUGAGUGGGAUGGGAGUGGCAUCAAUCAUACCGUAGGGUUAGUGCUAAACAACAAACAAAAAGCUAUGGUCCCGUUGUCCCGUUGCAAGUUGUUACCAGUAAAGGUCUUGCACAAGAUAGAUCACAAACACUUUACAGUAAACUCUUCUACAUACAC